AUGGAAAAAAAUUGUUUAUCUAAAUCACCAAAAUCAGAAGGUUGCAUUCCUAAUGUUCUUACAUAUACGGCUUUGAUUGAUGGCCACUGUAAAGCUGGGGAGAUUGAAAAAGCGUGCCAAAUAUAUGCGAGAAUGAGAGGUAAUGUGGAAAUUUCUGAUGUAGAUAUGUAUUUUAGAAUUGAUGAUGGCAAUUCCAAAGAGCCAAAUAUGUUUACAUAUGGAGCAUUGGUUGAUGGUUUGUGCAAAGCUCACAAGGUCAAAGAGGCCUGUAACUUGUUGGAUGCUAUGUCAGUGGAAGGCUGUGAGCCAAACCAUAUCGUGUAUGAUGCUCUUAUAGAUGGAUUCUGCAAGGCUGGGAAUUCAGAUGAUGCACAAGAGGUGUUUGCUAAGAUGUUAGAGCAUGGUAAUAGUCCUAAUGUCCAUACUUACAGCUCUUUGAUUGAAAGGUUGUUUAAGGAUAAAAGACUGGAUCUUGCUUUGAAAGUCUUGUCCAAAAUGCUAGAAAAUUCUUGUGCACCAAAUGUUGUCGUAUACACAGAGAUGAUUGAUGGCCUCUGUAAAGUUGGAAUGACAGAUGAAGCCUAUAAGCUUAUGCUAAUGAUGGAAGAAAAGAGGUUUUAUCCAAAUGUUGUGACUUAUACUGCAAUGAUAGAUGGCUUUGGGAGAGUGGGUAAAAUCGAAAAAUGUCUUGAUCUCUUUAGAGAAAUGGGCUCAAAGGGUUGUGCUCCAAAUUUUGUCACCUAUAGGGUUCUUAUAAAUCAUUGUUGUGCCACUGGCCUUCUGUAUGAGGCUCAUAAACUCUUGGAUGAAAUGAAACAGACAUAUUGGCCAAGGCAUAUAUCAAGCUACCGCAAGGUCAUUGAAGGUUUCAACCGAGAGUUUAUUAUCUCACUUGGGCUUUUAGAUGAGAUCAGUGAGAAUGAUUCUGUUCCUGUCGUUCCAUUAUACAGAAUCCUGAUUGAUAGUUUUAUUAAGGCUGGGAGAUUAGAAUCAGCUCUGGAGCUGCAUUAUAUGUAUACUUCUUUGAUUGAGAGCCUCUCUCGUGCAGGUAAAGUCAUUAAGGCUUUUGAGCUGUACACAGAUAUGGUAAGGAUGGGUGGUGUUGCAGAGCUGAGCACAUUUGUUCACCUCAUUAAAGGGCUCAUCAAUAUUAACAAGUGGGAAGAAGCACUUCAACUGUCAGAUAGCAUAUGUCAGAUGGAUAUCCAUUGGCUUCAACAAGAAGAUACAUCUUCCAGAAAUUAGGCUUUUGA